AUGGUUCCUUGUGGCUAUUACCGACUAGUAGACGUCGAAGACCAGUUACUGGUGUACGAGUUACACGAUGACAGUGAUGAUUUCAACACUGCCGACAAUGCGGAGCACGCUUCCAGGCUCCCUUCACUAGUUGCGGACAGGGUGAGCAUAACACCUAGUACUUCGAGGGACCCUGCGCCACCUAUACCGGCGCCUACGCAUAGCUAUGGUGACCAACCUCCAGACAAUGAGACAAGACAAGUAGUUCUUGAUGAUGAAAUUUUAAUUUUUCUGGGGGAUGUACCUAGUAAAGAUAAAAAAUUCGGACCAAAACUUCAGAAUAAUAUAGCAAAAACAUGGGAGCAUGUAGCCACAUCAGGUGUAUCAAAAAUUGUAAAAAAGGAGUUUUUAGAGAAAUACUUAACGCCUGAAAACUGUAAACUAAUUGAUCCACCAAUCUUAAACUUAGAAGUAAAGGCCGCGUUGUCCGAAACCUUGCAAAAGAAGGACACCGCCAUACAUAAUAAACAAAAGCAGAUAUCUGCAGCAAUUUCAUGUAUCGGCUAA